CUGGAGUUAGGUAAUAGUUGAAUGGGCUGGGCCUCGCUGAGUGAUGAGGCAACAGUGGCCAAAGUGUGUAUAAAUACCAGCACACUCCACAUGCUCCAGCAGAAGACAGGGGGAGGACUCAGAAGACCUGACAAGAGUCACCCAAAGAUCUGAAGGCACCCGUUCGCACAGACAAUCACGAUCCAUCACUGGAGCUGAAGAAUCGGUUGAAGAUAUUGUGGCGCUCUUCGGCGGUGUGACACCCAUGAGAGAGAAGACGACCAACUCUGAUCUUCAAGGGAUUUAAUAACUAAACCGUUUAAACAGCAAAAAUGAAGGCAUUCAGCAUUGCAGUUGCAGUGACACUCGUGCUCGCCUUUAUUUGCAUUCUGGAGAGCUCUGCUGUCCCAUUCACUGGGGUGCAAGAGCUGGAGGAGGCAGGGAGCAAUGACACUCCAGUUGCGGCGCAUCAAGAGAUGUCAAUGGAAUCGUGGAUGAUGCCAGAUCACAUCAGGCAGAAGCGUCAGAGCCACCUCUCGUUGUGCCGCUGGUGCUGCAACUGCUGCCGGGGCAACAGGGGCUGCGGUUUCUGCUGCAAGUUCUGAGGAUUCCCGCAACAAACGGCUUCUUAUUAAUUUAUUAUGCUUUUUUUUGUUUCACGCCGAGAACCAACCCUUUCUUGACCUCUCUCUCUCCAGUGCACAGCCUGUAUUAUAGCCUUGCACAUUGUUUUGUAUCAUCUUUUUUUAUGAUUUCGAACAAAGAAAUUGUGAUAAAUUUAAAUAAUGACUGCCGUUUUGUAUUUGUUUUGUAAGUUUGUAAUAGUUUAAAGUUUUUUUGUAACUCAAUAUGGAAAUUUAGUUUGAAAAAUCCUCCAGAUGUGACUGUUUCUUCAUCUGAAUCUGAUGUGUCAAGUUAACACUUGGUGUCAAAUAAAUACU